UUGUUUAAUAUUAAACCAAACAGAUGAUUGUCGUAUUACUUUUUCUUUUCUCCCUGCUGCAGGUCUGUACUUCAUUUGUUGGCAGUAAAGAUGUGGUUUGAUGAUAUGGUUACUACCAUUCAUCCUCUGAUCUAUAGUGGUAUCCCUCUAGCUUAUCCUAUCUAUUCAGCGGCGCAUAACAUCCAGAACCAUCGUUCACAUUGGGCCAAACCCGAGGAGCAAAAGAGGAUUCUGGUACUUGUUGCCAUCCCUGCAGUUAUUGGUAUCGUCUCAUGGGCUGAAUUGCAUGUAAAUGAAGACAGAAAGACCAUAUUUCUGCUCUUGGACUCCAUCAAAGAAUGCUCUGCUGGUUUGAGUAUCCCCAUGUUCAUGGGUUUGUUGCAGGCAUAUAUGAAUCUCAACACAUCAAAACUCUCGCCAGAUGCCUUUCGUCAAAAAAUAAGAGGAAGACUUGUUUAUAAUGUUUUUCCGGUGACUCUCGUUCAACCUCGCUGUGUUACUCUGAACCAGCACAACCUCGAGCUCAUGAACUUGUUGACAUGGCAAUAUGUGGCCGUUCGCCUUGUGUGCACCAUUUUCAUGAUCGCUUUUCAGCGCUGUGAUAUGUAUCCUCUAUGGCUUAGCUGGAUGUUCUUCUUUAUCUUGAAUGUAUCGGCUUCCGUGGCAUAUUACACUGCUUGUGCUUUCUACCUAGCAUUUGUCGAAGAUUUCCCACGUCUGUCUUAUGGCAAGUUCCUUCAUAUCAGAGGGAUCUUCUUUUUCUGCUUUUGGCAGGGCGGUGUAUUCAAGAUUCUUGUUGCAAUGGGCUUAAUGAAAAGAAACCAUUUUUGGCGGCAAGAGCUACAUAACACCUUAUUGGUUUUGGAGACGACGCCACUGUCAUUCACCCAUUGGGUUGCAUACUCUGCUGGAGUAUAUAUUGUUUUUCGUCUUCCUCUCAAGUCGUCUGUUCCGUCUCUCAUGUCUAAAGCAAACUAAAUUUGUUGUACCUGUAUACGAAUCUGAAUUACUACACACAAGUGUUAGUUUAUGUACAUUAGGAUGCCUCACAAUCACCAUCUUUGGUAUG